GCCUAAGAUUGAGGAUAUUAUUAUUGGAAAAAAAAGAAAACCUAACCGUCUGAUAGUUGAUGAUGCAGUUAACGAUGAUAACUCUGUUGUCUGUUUGUCCCAGACAAAGAUGGACGAGCUUCAAUUGUUUAGGGGUGAUACUGUAUUAAUAAAGGGCAAAAAAAGGCGCGAUACUGUUUGCAUUGUCCUGGUUGACGAAUCCUGUUCUGAUGAUAGGAUUCGUGUUAAUCGUUGCGUCCGAAACAACCUUCAUGUUAGACUUGGUGACAUAGUUACUAUACAAGGUUGUCCUGAUAUUGAAUAUGGCAGACGCAUUCAUGUUCUCCCGAUAGACGAUUCAGUUGAAGGCUUGACGGGUAAUCUUUUCCAAGUUUAUCUUCAGCCGUACUUCAUUGAAGCAUAUAGGCCUGUCAGAAAGGAUGAUAUAUUUGUUGUUCGUGGCGGGAUGAGAUCUGUUGAAUUUAAAGUUAUCGAAACAGAUCCUUCGCCGUAUUGCAUAGUUGCUCCGGAAACCAGUAUCUUUUCUGAAGGUGAUCCUGUGAAGCGAGAAGAUGAAGAAGAAAAAAUGAAUGAGAUAGGGUAUGAUGAUAUUGGCGGCUGCCGAAAGCAACUUGCUCAAAUCAAGGAAAUGGUUGAACUACCUCUUCGCCAUCCCCAAUUAUUUAAGGCAAUUGGCGUAAAGCCCCCGAGGGGAAUACUGCUUUAUGGUCCUCCGGGAACAGGCAAGACUCUAGUCGCAAGGGCAGUUGCAAACGAGAGUGGUAGUUUCUUCUUUCUCAUUAAUGGCCCCGAGAUCAUGUCAAAACUUGCCGGCGAAUCGGAAUCCAAUCUCCGUAAAGCAUUUGAAGAGGCUGAAAAAAAUUCUCCUGCUAUUAUUUUUAUUGAUGAACUAGAUGCUAUCGCUCCAAAACGCGAGAAGACUCAUGGUGAAGUUGAAAGACGAAUCGUAUCCCAGCUUCUAACUCUUAUGGAUGGUCUAAAGAAGAGGAAUCAUGUCAUCGUCAUGGCUGCUACAAACAGGCCAAAUAGCAUUGAUCCUGCGCUCCGCCGUUUCGGCCGUUUUGAUCGUGAAAUUGAAAUAGGUAUACCGGACAGUAUAGGGCGACUUGAGAUAUUGCGUAUACAUACCAAAAACAUGCGGCUCGCUGAAGAUGUUGAUCUAGAACAAAUUGCCAACGAAGCUCAUGGCCAUGUCGGGGCUGAUUUAGCUUCUUUGUGCUCCGAAGCUGCUCUCCAACAAAUAAGAAAUAAGAUGGAUUUAAUCGAUCUUGAGGACGAUACGAUUGACGCCGAGGUUCUGAAUUCACUUGCAGUCACAAUGGAUGACUUCCGUUGGGCCCUGAAAAAAAGUAACCCUUCUGCAUUGAGAGAAACAACUGUUGAAGUCCCAAAUGUCACGUGGGAUGAUGUUGGAGGUUUAGAAAAUGUUAAACGUGAGCUACAGGAACUUGUCCAAUAUCCUGUGGAACACCCAGACAAAUUUCUUAAAUUUGGUAUGACGCCGAGCAAGGGUGUAUUGUUUUACGGGCCACCUGGAUGUGGUAAAACUCUCCUAGCCAAAGCCAUCGCGAACGAAUGUCAAGCUAAUUUUAUCAGCAUCAAGGGGCCGGAACUACUCACUAUGUGGUUUGGUGAAUCUGAGGCAAAUGUUCGCGACAUAUUUGAUAAAGCCCGGCAAGCGGCUCCAUGCGUUCUGUUCUUUGACGAAUUGGACUCAAUCGCCAAGGCUCGUGGUGGGAGCGUCGGUGAUGCUGGCGGAGCUGCCGACCGUGUCAUCAACCAGUUGCUCACAGAAAUGGAUGGCAUGUCUUCUAAGAAAAACGUUUUUAUUAUUGGAGCUACCAAUCGACCCGAUAUAAUAGAUGGAGCUAUUCUUAGACCUGGUCGUCUAGACCAACUUAUUUACAUUCCGUUGCCCGAUGAAAAAUCCCGACUGGCCAUAUUUAAAGCGAAUCUCAGAAAGUCACCUAUUGCAAAAGAUGUUGAUCUCACGUAUCUCGCCAAAGUUACUCAAGGAUUUUCAGGUGCUGACUUGACCGAGAUUAGCCAACGUGCUUGCAAACAGGCUAUACGGGAGUGUAUUGAGGCCGAAAUUAGAUUAGGGCGAGAGCGUCAAUCAAUGCCGGACGCCAUGAUAAUUUUGGUAAUUUAA